AUGGCCGCAAGAUUAGACGAACCCAGACGCUCCGGUCGAGCUACCAAAGGCCAGCACAAAAACCUCGAACUACCAGAUGAUCCCGCGAAAAAGGGCAAAAGCAAAAGCCCGAAAGAAAAGAGCGCGAAGUUGUCCGUCGAACCCACACCCGGCCCUAGUGAAGGCGAGGCAGAUGAAGAAGAGAUCAUCCGUUGCAUCUGCGGUGAAUAUGAAGAGGAAGAGGAUGUGGAGCGCGAUAUGAUCUGCUGUGAUCAAUGUUCAGCAUGGCAGCACAACGACUGCAUGGGCCUCACAUUCCAGAAAGGCCAAGAACCAGAUCAAUACUUUUGCGAACGAUGUCGACCAGAGAACCACACAAACCUCUUGGCAAAGAUCAACGCGGGUGAGAAACCCUGGGAAGAGCUUGCUGAGAAACGUCGCCAAGAGGCCGAGGAGAAGAAGUCCAAGCGGAAAAAGGGCAAGAAGGGUGGCCGCAAAGGAAGACCCAGUGAGAGCCGGACAGAUGCUAGCACACCAGCUCGUACUGCGCCAUCCAUUACACCAGGUCCUGCCGGUUCUCCUGCACCAGCAGUGUCCGCUGUGUCCGUUUCGGUCGAGCCAGAGAAAAAUGGCCAUGCUGUUGAUUCUCGGCGAUCUAGCACUAACAAGCGGAAACUCGAAGAGACAGUAGAGGCAGAAAAUGGACCACAAGUCAAACAGCAAAGGGUAUCCCCACAGUCUACCCCAGCAGCUAUCCCAGAGGCGACUGGACCUAAAAUUAAGACAGACCCUACCCCCGAGGCAACUGCCAUUGGAGCCUUGGAGGAGCUGAUGCCUGCUCGCAAGAGUGUGGCCACACACCUCAUCAAGUUGUUUGUAGACCAGAUUACUGCAGCCCUGAAAGCAGGCUCAUUUACCUUGGGUGCGAAUCAGUCAGUGGAGGACAUGGCACAGCAACUCGCUCUAUCCAUUGAGGAUGCGAUGUAUGAGAGUAUCUGCGGGCGGUCAGGCGAGCCUAAUGAAUCAUAUAAGGCGCAAUUACGGUCGAUCAUGUUCAAUGUAAAGAAGAAUGCUUCUCUGCGAGAUCGUCUGCUCAUAGGUAGUCUCUCCCCUAAGUUGCUGUCUCAGAUGACAACGGCGGAAAUGGCCAGCAAAGAACUACAGCAGAAGGAUGCCGAGAUCAAACGAGAAGCGGACAGGCAUCACACCAUUGUCCAGGAACAAGGUCCUCGGAUUCGACGCACCCAUAAAGGAGAAGAGUUAAUCGAGGAUGAACACCAUGGCGCGAAUGAGUCUGUUUUCUCCCGUGGACUUCGUCGCGCUGUGGGCGAUGACGGCAGUCCAGCCCACAAAAGCCCGACCAGCCCGAUGGGACCGCAGCAAGGAAAGACAGAGACAGAUGGAUAUACUCGGGGUCUGUCACCUGAGGGUGCCCACCAUGACCACGUUUUCCCCGAAGUGGCUCCCGCCAUCUACGAGCCACUGCCUAGUGGCAGGGUCCAAGCAGAUGCUGAGAUCGAUCAGCUCUUGCGCGACGAUGAACCUUAUUCACCGCCUUAUUCACCCAAGGACUUCGAUGAUGAUGGGACCAUCUGGCGCGGCAAGGUAACGAUGCCUCCCAUCGGAGAGUUCUCCUCGUCCGCGAAGCAUGUGGGAGGCGCGGAUCUGAGUGGCCGAAUUCCAUGGAGCCAGCUUGCACCCUCCACGUUGGUUGUUGACGGCCGUAUCGAUAUCAGACGGGCAACCGAUUAUCUAUGUGGCCUUCAGUUCAGCAAGUCUACCGACGUAUCUGUGAUUGCAGUAAGCAGUCCUGAUCAGCCUACAGAUCGAGCGGGCUUCGACAAAAUGUUUGACUACUUCCAUAGUCGUGGGCGUUAUGGCGUCAUUGGAAAGCACCCACUGUCUGCCGUCAAAGACACCUACAUUGUCCCAAUGGAGGUCGGCACUACGACGAUGCCCGAGUUCAUUGAGCUGCUGGAAAACAUCUCACUUGAGGGACCUAUUACUCAACGUAUACUUUUGACCAUUUUCGUCGUCAAGACUGGCGAAUCCAACCCUUCGUCUGUUCAACCGCCAUCUCACCAGGCUAGCCAGGAGCCACAUGUAUCUGCGAGCCCCACAGUCGCAGCAGUGACUCCCCAGCAGCCUCAGUUCACCGCUGGAAUUGCGCCAACUACUCCCUCCCACUUCGGUGGAUUCAACCCGACUCCCACAGUGUACGGCCAGCAGGCCCCUGUACAGGCCACCCCUCAACACCAGCCUGUCUUGACCGGCCUCCCCGCCGCGGUACAAGUCCUCGGCCCACAAGUCGAUGCUCCCGCCAUUCAGCAACUUCUGAAGACAGCACCUAAUGUAGACAUGGCGCAACUAAGUGUCGUUCGCGACAUUCUGGUCCGCCAACCUGCUGCCGCUGCUCAUUACGACACUUUGAUGCAGGCUCUAUUUGAGACCCAAGCAAACGGCCAUGUGCCCCAGCAGGGUGUGUAA